GUGGAUGACUCAUCGGAGGUGGAUCGAAGCCCUCGGAACUCUAGUGCAGGAUCGAUUCCAGACAUUAACAACAAUGCAAACGAGAACGAGCGCCAUUUUGGUGCCGUCGAAGUGAAGGUCGAACGCCAAUCGUCAAGAAACUUGGUUAGGUUCUAGGAUCCUAUUACAUAUUAUUUAUGUAGCCUCAUUGAAAUGAUGUGGAAAUAGGACGAGAAAAACUAAAUAAAUAUGGAAGAGGAACCGUUCACAUUAAGUUGGGAACAUGGGGAGGUGGUGCAGACGGAAGAGGUCAUCUGCGGUAUAGACAAUGAUAAUAUGAUCGCCACGGAGACGGAGGUGUACGGCGAUGUGUGCGAGGAAGUCAUAGUGCACAGCGGCGAUCCUCAACUGGAUGAAUUGCAACAUGAAGUUGGUGAGGACGGCGUGAUGUACUUGACGGAGGAACAGAUUCUGGUCAUGCAGCAACCACCGGUCACCGGAGACGAUUUCCUGGAUUGUCAAGUGGCCGAAGAGGUGAUUGCCGAGGAAUGGACGGACGCAUGCGAUGAGAUCGUUGUUGGUUCCGAAGAGCACGUCGGUGACACAGAGGAACAGCAAUCUGAUGACGUAAUGAUUCCUUUGCCCACCGACCAGGACCAGUAUUCUGCUUCUAGACCAUAUCCCUGUGACUUCUGUAGCAGACGUUUUCGCAAGAAAGUUACAUUGAUGAACCACAUGGUUCUCCAUCAAACAGACAAACCACACGGCUGCAAUCUAUGCGGUGUGCGAUAUGCGCGCAAAGUGGAUUUAAUGAAUCAUUUGAAAAUACACGCGUUCGUGCCCAAUACUGAUACCUUGGAGGAAGAGUUACCGGACGAUUCAGAAGAUUACGAUAAGGCGAGAAAGCGUCAAAAACCCAGUUUUUCCACGAAGAAAAAGAAGAAUAAAAAAGUAAAGGACGAAUAUCAAAGUAAUGGUAAAGCAGCAUCCGGUUCACGACCUUACGAUUAUGUAAAUGAGGAUGUACGGCUGAUGGAGACAUUGGAGAGUAAACCCAUAGUUGAUUACGCCGAAUAUUUACCCAGAGAGAACAUGGCCAGUGAACCUAGGUAUCCAAUCACAGAUCCUAGAAAACCGUUUGUGUGUCAACAUUGUGGUGUAGGUUUCGCUAGAGAAAAAGCUUUGGCUUCCCAUGCUCGUGUACAUGCAGGUGAUAGUCCGUUCGAAUGUAGGCGCUGCGGCGAGAUGUUCUGGGAUGCUAAUUUAAUGCGAGACCAUAUUAAAAACAAGCACAAUGGUGUUGAAGAAGAUUUCAUGGACGACGACGACGAUGAUUUCUCUGAAGAGGACAAUAAAUAUGGCGAGUUUUUCUGCUCGUCCUGUGGGAUGAGUUUCCAUCGUCAUGAUCUUCUCAAGAAGCAUCAGCGUAUGCACGUAAAGGAGGAAUACAAUCAGGAAGAUCCGGACUAUGCUCAUAUAUGCAAUGUUUGUGGUGAAUCGUUUAGUGAGGCGUUAGAUUUGCUUGCUCACGCCGAAGUACAUGCUCGCAGCUCCGAUUUCCGGUGUAUGAUAUGUGGAGAUCUAAACCCCGAUGAACAAUCGUUAGCUGCUCACGUUCAAUCCAAACAUGGCAAAUCGCUUCCACCCAAUACAUGUUUACACUGUGGACGCACAUGUCGCGAUAAAAACGCACUACUCAAACACGUCUUGGAGCACACCAAGGAGAAGCUCUUCCCUUGCACGAAAUGCGAGAAAACCUUCUACAACAAGGCCAGAUUAAAAAGACAUAUGCUCUCGCAUAGAAACAAGGUGGUUGCUUGCGACGUGUGCGGAGAGCACUUUGCAGAUGGCAGAUCUUUGAUGAACCAUCGGCACAGUCACAGUAGCGUAUCAGGUAGACAAUUUCCAUGUCGAGAAUGCGGUAAGACGUUCGGUUCUCGCAGUUCUCAGCAAAUUCACAUAAGAAUACAUACCGGAGAGAGGCCUUAUGGAUGCAGAUUUUGCUGGAAAGCAUUUGCUGAUGGCGGUACUUUGAGAAAACAUGAGAGAAUCCACACCGGGGAGAAGCCAUAUGCAUGCGCCGUAUGUCCUAGAGCAUUCAAUCAACGGGUCGUUUUAAGGGAACACAUCCGUUCCCACCAUUCUGGUCCGGAUCCAAACUACACUCACAGUAUGACUCCAUACUGCUGCACCGUCUGCUCGGACAUGUUCACCACAUCUCAGGAUUUGAUUGUGCAUCUCAUUCACCAUUGUGACUUGAAUACGGCCAUGAGGCGUCAGCCUCAGAUCGGUCCGCGCAAGUACAAACGAAGACGCAAACUGAAGCCGCAUGAAUUGGAACUGAUGAGUUCUAGUAUGGGCGUGGAAGAUGUUGAGAAUAAUAUAGCAUACUCUGAAUCGGACGAUGAGGAGAAGAAGAAGAAGCGGAAACAGCGAAAGAAUUCAACCAAGUCUACGGAUGAACCGUACAAUGAUAUGUACAGCGGUUUUUCAUCAACGAUGGAAGCUCCGACUCCGGCAGCUAAUGCGAAACCCGUUAAAGCUAAGAAAAAGCCAAAGGAGGCGGCGCCUCCAUCCAGACCGAAGAUGAUCCACACUCAGAAAACAAAAGUGGCUGUGGAAAGCGCGGAAGGUGGUAAGAUGCGACACAAGACGAAGACCUUGGUCACACGUACGCAGCCCACCGAACUGAAAUCCUCGACCGGCGAUCGAAUCCGGCCGCGCACGAAGAACGUCAGUUACCACAUCUUGAAUCCAGAAAAGUUACCAUUGGCCACAUUCCCCGACGACGACACCGAGCAGGCAGUGAACAGCUUAUUGGAGAACGAAAGUCCAGAGAUGAACGGUCUUUCGGAUGAUCUCUCACCAAAGAUUAACAAAGGUAAUAACAGUUUGGCCCCGGGCCGACACAUCAUCGGCCCCGGGCAGAUAGUAAAGUUCGUUAAGAGCGGUAUGCUUAUCUCCAAGAAGAAAAUCAAAUGCGAGAUCGUGCCGGAGGAGACCGUUAUCGAGGAGAUGGUCGACAAUACGGUGCACAUCAAGCAAGAGAACGACAAUCCUCUUAACGAACUCGCAGAACUAUCCAUGCAAUACGCGCAGAACAUGUUCAAAUGCGAAAUGUGCAGUGAAAGUUUCUCUGACCGCGCCCAGCUACUCGUACACGUGCCUAUCCACAUUUGAUCUUAAUUCUAUUCCCAUUCUAUAUAAUCUGCGUAUCGAACUAAUUUACACUGCUGGCAGGAGAAAUCUAUAUUAUUCAAUCGGUCAAUUCUCUUAUCAUUUUAAAUAUUCGUUCUUGCUUUACUAUUCAUUCAUUUUCUUUGCGCGAAUUCAACAACCGUCUAUAAAUUUAUUAUUGUUAUUAUUUUUAUACAUUAUUUGAGAAAAAUUUCCGUGCAGAUUUCAGGGUUUCCGAUGAAGACUUAUUAUAUAUUCUGGGGUUAAUGUAGAAUGGAUUCCAAAGCCAAAUACGAUUGAAGGAUGUUUCCGAAGCGGAAUACAAAACUUAAACACUAAAACUCGUAGUCCCGAUUUAAUUUCAAUUAAAUCAAUCAAUAAUAAAAAAAAAGACAUGUUAUAUCGUUCGACUGCUUUUAUUCACCUUAAUUACAUUGUAAAUUUCUUUUACUUACUGAAUACUAUAAUUUUUUUUUAUAUAGAUUGAUUUAUUUAUGACGAUAGGGCACAUUUUGAUAUCAUAUUCUGAUUGUAAUUUGUUAUUUCAAAAUGGGAAUGGAAUUCGUUGUUUUGUCGGGCAAUUGAAAGUCGGUGGCGUUGCACAAACGUUUCUUUGCAUCGGGGGAAAGAGAUAUUAUAUGGAAAACGAGUAUUUAAUAAUAUUAAAAAUGAAUAACGUAUGGACCACACUUUAACGAAAACUGAAUGUAGCAUUGAUUAAGCUUUAUCUUUACUGUUUAGUUAAUAAUGCAUUGUGCAUUAUGUGUAUCAUUCUCUAUAAUGUUUUUUUUUGUUGUGCGCGGGGCAUUUAAUUUGGUGCCAUACUUGUAGGACUUUCUUUACUUUUUUUGUACAUAAACUGAGAGAAUAAAAAAAAUCAAUUAAUGCUUUAAGAGAAAUAAAAAUGAAGAGAAAAUGUAAUUUUUGCAGCACUUAUAAGAAGUGUGGAUUGAUUUAGUUUCGAAAGCUAUAAACUAUUCUGUAUAUGU